GCCAAGUACUUUAUAUUCUAUCAACGUGACCAACGUGGCUACCUCAGCCAACGAUGUUACCUUGUAAAUACUAUAAAUGAAAACAAAAUACCAAUGGCUCGUUUAUAUACAUUCCUUUUCAAAAGGCACACUUUACACUAAAUUCAUUAAAUAAAAAGAAUUCGCGUGCACAUAUCCCGAUCGUUCAAUAUCUAUUUUUUCGUUGUCUUAAGUAAAUUCCGUUGUGAAGACGUAUAUAUAUACGCUGAACAAAAGACUGUGCACAAUAAAUCGAUCGUUCAAUAUACAAUAAAAUUACAAUGUCGAAAUAUGUAGUGAAAGCUACUGCUCGUACAAUAAAAAAUUAUACAAAAGGGUAUUCAGAUAUUCAGGCAAAAGUUCGAUCUGCAACCUCUAAUGACCCAUGGGGUCCAAGUGGUACUUUAAUGAAUGAGAUUGCUAAAGCAACAUACAAUCAUAAUGAAUUUAUAGAAAUCAUGGAAAUGAUUGACAAAAGAUUAAACGAUCAUGGCAAAAAUUGGAGACAUGUUUUCAAAGCACUCACAUUAUUGGAUUAUUGUCUUCACGGAGGUUCAGAACAAGUUGUAAGUUAUGCAAAAAAGAAUUUAUAUGUAGUGAAGACUUUAACAGAAUUUCAGUAUAUUGAUGAGGAGGGUAAAGACCAGGGUGCAAAUGUAAGGCAGAAGGCCAAAGAAAUUACCAAUCUUCUCCAGGACGAAGAAAGACUUAAACAAGAAAGACGAAAUAGAGAUGAUAUGAGAAGACGUAUGGGAGGUCGUAGUGAUUAUGUAAAUGACCAAAUUUCAGAUAGGUCAAUCGAACCUGGUUAUUUAGAUGAUGAAAGCGAGAUGCAAAGAGCAAUUGAAGAGAGUAAAAGAUCUGCGCAAGAAUAUGAGGCAAGGAUAAAAGAAAGUGAGCAUGAUGAAGUAGAAAAGGCAUUAAGAUUAAGUAAAGAGGAAGAGGAAAAACGAUUGGCCAGAUUAGCUGAACAAAAUGAAAAACCGUUAAUCGACACGUCAGGAUUUGGAAAUAAUCCAUUUCCACAGCAACAAACCGAUUUCUUUGGUCAACCAAUCAAUUCUCAAUUUGGAAAUAACCAAUUUAGUCAAUAUAGUAGCACUUCUAGUAACCAGUUCGAUCCUUUCGAUAUGAUUGAUAACUCACAAAACUCGAUUAAUUAUAACCUCUUGAAUAAUAAUCCGUUGAAUAAUAAUCCAUUGAAUAAUAAUCCAUUAAAUAAUAAUCCAUUGAAUAAUAAUCCAUAUCAAAUGCAACAAUCUCAAUCUUAUCAAACAUCAACCGUUGGUUCAAAUAAUCCAUUUGGAAACUUUUCGCAGCAGAAACCAGAUUUUGGAACAACUACUUCAUAUGGAACAAAUGGAACAACUACUCCAUAUGGAACAAAUGGAAUUUCAUCUUUCAAUAUGUCCACAUCUAAUUUUAGUUCACCUAAUUUGGCGACAUCAACGUUCGAAUCAUUUUCAUCAUCUAAUAAACAGCCUAAUUUCGACAGUUUAAUUCAAUCACAAGAAAUAACAAAAAAACCACAGGACGAAAAACAUUCAAAAUUGGCUUCACUCAUUGCUAGUGGGGGAGAUGGCAUGGAUACCUUCGGUAAUGUGGGAAAUCGUCGUGUCCCGGCGGGAUCUGGCUUUGCUAAUGCUUUAUCCGUCCCAUCACCGAGACGAUCAAAUUCAACUGGUGAUAUUUCUAUAAAUCAAGCUAAUCCAUUCCUUAAUACUGGAGGAUCUGGAGGAGGUGAUGGUGGCGGCGGCUAUAACACUUUUAGCCAUCCUACUACCACUACUAGAAGCACCGAUUUAUUUUUCGGUAGUACUGGCAACAACACAUUUAAUCAAGAGGCGAAUCAGUCAAUAACACCAUUUUCAAGCUCAUCUUAUGCAACUAAUACAACUAGUAAUACCCUUAUUGAUCUAAGUGAUGUGGGAGGUGGUUUUGGUACUCCCCCAAGUAAGAAUCCUUUUCAAAUACAGACACCAAAUACUAAUACACAUAACGUUAAUAAACCGGUCUCACUUAACGAUUUGGCAAGAUUAAAUCAACAAAAUUCACCUUUUCACCAAAAUACUGGAGGAUUUGGUAAUUGGUAACAAAUAUAGAAAGGUUUUUAUUAGAAGACACAAGGACUCUUUUAUAUUUGUAAUUUUAUAUUAUAUUUAUUUUUAGUCCUUUUUUUUUAAAAAAAAAAGUUUGGCUUUAAAAUAAGCUAAUCGAACAAAUCAUUUAUUUGGUAUACAUAUUUUUUUUCGUUGUAAUAUUAUUAUAUUUGUUUUUUACAUUUUUAAUUAGCAAUAAAGAAUAUUUAAAAAAA